CUCCCAUGCUGGCGGACCGCAGCGACGCGGGCCAUGUUGUGAAUGAGCGGACGGGAUGACGUCAGCGGACGACUGUCAACAAUGUGGGCGUGCCCGUAGAGUGUAACGCCACACAGCAGCACGGCGUGCACAACAGCGGACUGCACAAUCACGGCCGUGUCGUGGAACCCAGACUUCAUAAUCGCCAGGACAAGUAUCGGGCGGUGGGGAUACAAUGUGAGAAAACUUAUAUGCCGGAUCGAGCAAGAAAGCAGCGAAAAAAGGGCGUGAGCGGAAUGUCCGCGGAUGAGAAGCCUGAAGCCCCCAUGUAUGUGUAUGAGUCGACGGUUCAUUGUACCAAUAUCCUCCUCUGCCUCAACGACCAGCGUAAGCAGGACAUCCUGUGCGAUGUGACAGUCCUGGUGGAGGGCAAGGAGUUUCGCGGGCACCGGGCAGUGCUGGCCGCCUGCAGCGAGUAUUUCCUGCAGGUGUUGGGAGGACAGACCGAGAAUGGCUUGGUGGUCACCCUUCCUGAGGAGGUCACUGCCGAAGGCUUCGCCCCAUUGUUGCAGUUUGCCUACACGGCUAAACUGUUACUCAGCAGAGAAAACAUUCAGGAGGUCAUUCGCUGUGCCAAAUUCCUGCGGAUGCACAACCUAGAGGAUUCAUGCUUUCGUUUCCUUGAAGCUCAGUUGCGUAGUGAAAAGGACAGCUUGCUGCAAGGCCACAAGGUGGCGGCCGAUGCCAUCAAUUUAGAAGAUGAGAGCAUGCAGUCAGAGGCCGAAAUACCCUCCUCCCCGAGGAUGCAACAAUGUGCUGACGGUCUAUCCUCAUUUCAACCUCCUAGCGAUGAUCGUCUAGCAAUGACGAUAACGAGCAGCUUCACAGAUGGCCGGUUGGACUUUGAUCGAAGCAGAGGAUCGGACCUGCCGCGAUGCCCCAAGUACAGGAAAUACCAGUGGGCUUGCAACAAGCACAAUAACGACUUCUCCUCACACACUGGUACCUCAGGUUUUCCAAGCACAAUAAAAGAGAGCAGCAUGGGUGGGGAAGUAAGCAGUCGGGACAGGCGGACUUUGGCACAAAUCAAAGUCGAACCGCGGGCUGACGAAGAGGCCGUCUCAUUGUGCCUGUCGGGGGACGAACAGGACUUCCGGGAAAAGGACAGUGUGACAGCCAUGGAGAUGGAUAAUCCCAGGUCUGUGGAAAGAAUCAAGAGAACCAAGUCCCCUUCCUGCCUCAAAGCCUUCUUCCAGAAAGGAGUAGACCUUCCCAAUCUGCCCAACACAUCACAGCAGCUUUUUGCCAACCUUAUCGGCUGCCCCCAGGACAAAGUUAACACUCAGGGAGAAUGUAGAGUUUUUACUGGGAAGCUUGGUCUGUCUUUAAUAUCCCCAAAUGAGAAGGACAGUUUCCCCGCAAGCAUGCCCCUUAAGUCCUCUUCCUGUGAUGAAAUCUGCAAACAGGAAGUUGAGCUGGAUCGUCGAAGUGUCAUAUUUUCCUCAGGAGCCUGCAAUCGUGUCGGAACCCCAGCCCAUUCCUACCCCGGUGGGAAUUCUUUGGAGGUGGAACUCUCCGAGCACAUGCCAAAGGGAAUGUGGCCUGGAGCCAGCCAGUCCCUCCCGACCUCGCAGGCCUUUUGCCCCAGUACCACCUCCACCGACCCCCAACUAUUGUGUCGCCCACGGCCAAACACCAGCUGCCCAGUUCCGAUAAAAGUGUGCCCACGCUCGCCACCUUGCGAGACCCGCACCCGGACAUCCAGCUCCUGUUCCUCAUACUCGUAUGCAGAGGAUGGCAGCGGAGGUUCUCCCUGCAGCUUGCCUCAAUUUGAGUUUUCUUCCUCCCCUUGCUCCAACAUGGCCCGGUGUGUCAAUGUGGAUCAACAGGAGCAAAGUGGAGGGGACGCCCUUUUUAACCAAGUGCAGCCCAAGAUCAAAUGUGAGCAGUCCUACGGCACCAAUUCAAGCGACGAGUCGGGUUCUUUUUCAGAGGGAGACAGCGAGUCCUGCGCUGCACAAGAACAUGGCCAAGAGGUGAAGCUCCCUUUUCCUGUUAAUCAAAUUACAAAUCUGCCAAGGAAUGACUUCCAGAUGUUGGUGAAAAUGCACAAACUGACCUCAGAGCAGCUGGAGUUCAUCCACGACGUGAGGCGAAGAAGCAAGAACCGUAUCGCUGCCCAACGCUGCCGCAAGAGAAAGCUCGACUGCAUCUUGAACCUUGAGUGUGAAAUUAGAAAACUGGUGUGUGAAAAGGAAAAGCUUCUCACGGAGAGGAACCAGCUGAAGGCUUGCAUGGGAGAGCUAUGGGAGAAUUUCUCAUGUCUGUCGCAGGAGGUGUCCAAGGAUGUCCAGGUGAGCCCUGAACAGGUUCAGUCUUUGCACCACUUCUGUCCGGUUCUACGAGCCACCAAUUCCACUGCCAGCAACACUGCUGCCUUUGACCCCAAGCCUUCUAGCAGAACCAACGCUUCCAGCAUCGACCUCACUGCCCAUUCGGACUUUCCCGAUUCCAACUUCUACGGCUCUCCCGGGCCUUCGGAGAGCGAAUCCGGCCCGGCCGUCAGAAACGGGGCGGACAAAGAUGUGAACAGCCAAGACCCCGUCUCGUACGCGGAAAAUCCCAACCAGACGGUGACGGUGGAUUUUUGCCAGGAAAUGACGGAAAAAUGUACAACCGACGAGCAGCCACGGAAGGACUUGACGAAGUAGUUUUGUUUGUUUUUCUAUUAUUUAAUUGUACUCUUCCGACAAACCCUGUUUCUCAGGGUUGCUGAGGUGGCCAGCUUCUGCCAGUUUUCACUGAAAAAAAAACAAUCUUUGUAAGUAUUUAUGUUUUUCAAGAUGUCUUCUUGUUGAAAGGUCAACACGAGAGUUGUCUUAACAGCAGCAAUACUGUUCUCAAGGUAUUCUCAACCUCUCACCAAAUCCUUAACAAUGGUGCUAACACUGGCCCCAGCAGCAUCUUCGACAGUCACAACAAGUUGAACCUCAUCGGACCGACAGCAAUUACCUUCGUUUUUUUUUUUUUUAAGCAGGAUCUGUCGAACCCGCAAGAUCCCGUUCCUUUCUCCCGCUCCGACUUUCAUCAGUCUUCUCUACCUCUACCUUGUGUUUCUUCUCUCGCUUCUUGCUGUCAGUGACACUUUUUCAUCCACAGCUAUUCCAAACUCAGGAAACAGAAUCCUCUGAAUGUUCGACAUAACUGAUGAAGAAUGACAACAAGGCUUUUUUUUUGUAUGCGAAGACGUCGUGCAGUUAGACGAAAUAGUCGGUAAAAAAAAAAAAAAAAAAUGUUUAUAUGCAAAAAAAAAAAAAAAAUGUGUUUGGUUUUUUGAAUUACUGUACAGGCUGUAAAACGUAACAUUCCGUUUUGCCUAUCUGAGCACCACAUGGAGGUAAAAAAAAAAAAGAAAAAACUAAUAUUGGUGGCAGUUACAUAUUGUGUCCCUCUAACCAGCAAUACCAUUGUUUUUGAUUGUGGUGACUUUCAAGUCCAAAAUGUACAUACCGUGGAGCUUCUUGGAGUGAUGACUGGCAGGUACAGCCUUAAAUGUUUUACCGUAAGAAUUUCCGAGAGAAAAUGUUUAUUUUGCCAUCUCAUGUAGUGAAUGGAAAGUGUUCCUAAUUCUCAGGAAAAAAGAAACCGCUUGUUCACAAGCAUAUUUUACAGAGACACAUUUAUUGGCACAAACACGUUCAGGCUUGGUGUAUGUGGAGAUGUUUUUAGAACCUCUCGUGCGAGGCCACAUUGUCAUAUUCUUAAUAAUCGAUUGGAAUCGUCACUGUUCUGAAGUGAUUCUAGACCAGGGGGUCGGCAACCCGAAACAUUGAAUAAAAGCCACAUUGGACCAAAAAUACAAAAAACUAAUCUGUCUGGAGCCUCAAAAAAUGAGAAGUUGUACAUACAGUAGGGCAAAAUAGUAUUUAGUCAGCCACCGAUUGUGCAAGUUCUCCUACUUAAAAUGAUGACAGAGGUCUGUAAUUUUCAUCAUAGGUACACUUCAACUGUGAGAGACAGAAUGUGAAAAUCCAGGAAUUCACAUUGUAGGAAUUUUAAAGAAUUUAUUUGUAAAUUAUGGUGGAAAAUAAGUAUUUGGUCAACCAUUCAAAGCUCUCACAGAUGGCUCAAAAUCUCACGAUACAUGGCCCCAUUCAUCCAUCCAUCCAUCCAUCUAUCAUCUUCCGCCUAUCCGAGGUCGGGUCGCGGUCUUCUAUGCUCUGUAUUCUCAGAAGUGAUGACAAACAUUUUUUGUAAAUUUGCUGGUAAUGUUUUACUUUCAGCCUUAAACAUGACACACAAUGUCUGUAGCUUUACUAGCUCCUGUAGUUUCAAUAGUCCAGAGUUAAUAAAUAAUAUGUUAGUGUGUUUUAAGUAAUCUACUUUAUGAAUAAUCCUUAUAGCUCUUUUGUGUAAUUGAUACAAUGCCUUUAUGUUACUCUUAUAAGUGUUCCCCCACACUUCCACACAUUCUCCCAAUCCUCUGCUGUAUCAUCCAUGUAUCCAUUUUGGUAUAAACUCGACUCGUCGUGUUUGGGAGGAAGAAGAAUACUGAGUUGCAUCCCAAAAACACCACACCUACUGUGAAGCAUGAGGGUGGAUACAUCAUGCUUUGGGGCCGUUUUUCUGCUAAGGAGACAGGACGAUUAAUCCGUGUUAAGGAAAGAAUGAAUGGGGCCAUGUAUCGUGAGAUUUUGAGCCAAAACCUCCUGCCAUCGGUGAGAGCUUUGAAUGGUUGACCAAAUAUUUAUUUUCCACCAUAAUUUACAAAUAAAUUCUUUAAAAUUCCUACAAUGUGAAUUCCUGGAUUUUUUUUUUCAUAUUCUGUCUCUCACAGUUAAAGUGUAUCUAUGAUGAAAAUUACAGACCUCUGUCAUCAUUUUAAGUGGGAGAACUUGCACAACCGGUGGCUAACUGAAUACUUUUUUGCCCCACUGUAAGUCUUAUAAUGAAGGCAACAAAUGACGUAAGUGUCUAUAUUAGCUAUAGUAGCCUACUAUCAAAAUGACUAUUUGCAUACUUGCCAACCCUCCCGAAUUUUCCGGGAGAAUCCCGAAUUUCAGUGCCUCUACCGAAAAUCUCCCGGGACAACCUUUCUCCCGAAUUUCUCCCGAUUUCCAGCCGUACCUAGUCACGUUAUAACAUCCCUAGCUUUUGGAGCUCAGUGGCCUAGUGGUUAGAGUGUCCGCCCUGAGGUCGGUAGGUUGUGAGUUCAAAUCCCGGCCGAGUCAUACCAAAGACUAUAAAAAAUGGGACCCAUUGCCAGCCUACUUGGAAUUCAGCAUCAAGAGUUGGAAUUGGGGGUUAAAUCAACAUAAAUUAUUCCCGGGCGCGGCACCGCUGCUGCCCACUGCUCCCCUCGCUUCCCGAUCAAGGGGGACGAGUCAAAUGCAGAGGACAAAUAUCACCACACCUAGUGUGUGUGUGACAAUCAUUUGUACUUUAACACACAACAACAACAAGGAGACUAUUAUAUAUGUCUCCGUUAUCCAUAGGUUUAUCUAUAAGCCAUAAAGUAGGCAGCAUGUGUUUAUUCCAGCCUCCGCGUUAAUACACUGACACACAACAUUCAGAUUCCCAUCAUGCAUUGCUUCAAAACUACGGCAGUAGUAAUGUCCAAAAACGUAACACAGACUAAGAAGAAGAACGAAGAAGAGACGGUUAUGGUGACAACGAGUAAGAAGAAGAAGUAUGCUUGCAAGGUCCAAAAUGAUUGUAAACAACAAUUUCAGUCCAUCCAGGACAGCUGGAAGGGGAAGGGGUAUGCUAGGGAGAGAUGGAAGAUUCCAGACUCCGGUGCAUUUGAUGAAGGCACUUUUGUGCCUGCCACACAACAACGCAUUAUCAAAGAGCGUGUUCUGCAUGGUUAGAAAGAUAGUGAUCGAGAAUAGAACGAGGAUGGACAAUUCAACCCUAAACUCACUCCUUUCCUGCAAAUUAAAUGUCACAGAUGCUACUUAUACCUAUGCUCCUUCAAAGGCUGUGCUACUGGCUGCAAAGCAUUGCACUUUCAAAUACAACUAUUAAGUAGAGGAGUGUUAUGUGUAAAUAAAUGAACACUGAAAUUCAAGUAUUUAUAUAUAUGUGUGGGAAAAAUCACAAGACUACUUCAUCUCUACAGAACUGUUUCAUGAGGGGUUCCCUCAAUCGUCAGGGGAUUUUUUGCGCUCUACCACGGUAUCCAAGCACUAUUAUCUGGAUAAUCUAAUUAAGACAAAUAUAUAUAUAUACUUGAAUUUCAGUGAAUUCUAGCUGUAAAUAUACUCCUCCCCCUUAACCCCGCUCCCUAUUUCCUGAAUUCGGGGGUCUCAAGGUUGGCAAGUAUGACUAUGUGUCGUAGGCUGCAGGCUGAAACAAAUCUUCUUUGACAGAAAUGUUGAAAUGUAAUAUUAUUUCUACACAUUGGAAAACAUUAGUAUACCAGAGGCUACUUGUGAAAUAACUCCUGGAAAUGACUGUCUUAGAAUGGCCGAAGGUAAAAAUGUGUGUGUCCAAGUGAAAGGAAAUGGCAGGUUAUAUUCUUCUCCUGGAUUUAUCACAGUCUUUGGUAACGUUUGCUGUGGUCUGGAACAACAUGGCACACGAACAACUAUCUGAAAUGCAGGCAAUAUUACAUAAAGAAAAUGUGUCGUUAGACAUGCAAGACUAAAUUAUAUACAAAGAGGAUAAAAGGUAAAGGAAAUGAAAUUAGCUCAAAUAUACCUACAAAUUAGGCAUAAUAAUGCAAUAUGUACAUACAGCUAUCUUAAAUAGCCUGAUUGGCACUCCAACAAGUCAAGUAACAUCAACAAAGCGCACCUUUGUGCAUUCCCGCACAGUGUAAAAGGUUUGGUGGACAAAAAUGAGACACAUAAACAAACUGUUGCGUCACAGUCCACACAAAGGUGAGUUCAAGAACCGCCAAAACUACUAGGACAAAAGUACCAGGGAAGCAUACACACAAACAUGUUAAACGGUGGGAUUUCUAACAAUUGGGAAGGUUUGUGUCAUGUUUGUCUUCAAACAAAAAACGUACUUAAAAAAAAUAAACAAAUACCCUUAUCUUUUUCCUUUUUCAAUCCUUUUUUAAAAAAUGCUCCAGGGAGCCACCAAAGAGCCACGAGUUGCUGACCCCCCGUUCUAGACAAAAAACAGCUAUGUAACGAAACAAACGUCGGCUAAAACCAAGUUCAGGAGAAUUGACUGUAAACCGCAAGCAAUUAAUAGGCAAAUGUCAGAAAACAAGCAAAACACUCCAAGACCAGCAAUGUCAUGAAUAAGUCAAUAAAAUCAUAAUAGGUGAGUAGAGUCAACUCUUUGCUGUUGGCUCAGUCUUUAAUGCGAAAUAAGUUCGAUCUUAUAUUUCUUCUUAGUAUUGAAAUCAUUUUUGUAUAUACCGUCUGUGUUUUUAGAUCCUUGCAUUAUUUCACGUUAAUCCUGAAUGUACAAAAAACAAGAGUAUCUGGGACAUUUUGAAAAGAGAAAAAAAAAUAGUCGCGGGAUUGACCCACAGGAACCCAGAGCCAUUUAAAGGGAUUUGAUGGUGGGUAUACCACAUAAAAGACUAUACUACUAAUUGGGGAUUUGUACGAAAGUACAUAUAUUUUUACAUUGUACCUGCUAAUGCAUUCCUUUUUUGAAAAGAACCUGACACUUUUUAAUGCACGGUAGCACAAAUUUACUUUGAUUUGAACAAAGAUGUAUUGAUGAGAAUCACUGACAUGAGGCGUCUUAUCAGUAUUUUUGCUAUUGUGACAACUAUGUCAGGUUAGACUUACUAUAGCAAUUUUAAAAGGGGGACUACACUUGCUGGGGGAAUUUUGCCUAUCGUUCACAAUCCUUAUGUAAGAUAAGAACAAGUAUACUGCAAAAAGUCAGUGUUCAAAAACAAGAAAAAAAAUGCAAUUUAUUUGAACUAAGCAAAAUUAUCUGCCAAUAGAACAAGAAAAUUCGGUUUGUCAAGCCUUUCCAAAAGAAGUAAAAUUAGCUUACCUCCAUGAACCCAAAAAUACCUUAAAAUAAGUAUAUUCUCAAUAAUAACAAGUGCACUUUUCUUGGUAGAAAAAAAUAGACCUUUUUGCUCAAUGUGUUGGAAAAUAUCCUUAAAUUAAGUAAACGCUAGUGUCAUUAUCUUGACAUAAUGAUAUCAUGAUUUUUUUUCAUGCUUGAAGUAAGAAAUUAUUACUUUAAAAAAGCAGUUUUAUACUUGUGAAUGUUAAUGACACAGCUUUGCAACAGUUGAUAUUCUAGUUUCGAGCAUGUUUUACUCAAUAAAGGUCAUAAAAUCUCAGCUACAAGCUGUAAUAUCUUACUGAGAUCAUUUAGGACCAAAACCCUUAAAACAAGUAAAACACUCUAACACAGAGGUCCCCAAACUACAGCCCGCCAGCGUCCAUAAUCCGGCACGCACGUAGUCCAGAGUAAAAAAAAACGUUUUAUUUUUUAUUAUUAUUCUUUUUUUUAAUCUGUCCUUUUUCGCCUAUCCAUCAAGCCAUUUUCUACUGCUUGUUACUGGGUCUCCUAGGCAGAUACUGCCCGCCAGCGUCCAAAAUCCGGCCUUUUAAAAAAAUUAAAAAAUAUAUAUAUAUAUUUUUUUUUUAAUCUUUCCUUUUUCAUUAAUCCAUUUUCUACCGCUUGUUACCGGACAUCCAUCGAUAACGUGACGUCAUCACGCUUGCACCACAAAGUGCGUGCUCUUUCAGCUAAUUAGUGCACGAGGGGAAAAAAUAGCGAAAUCGUUGGACUCCGAGUGUAGAGUUUUUAAAUAUCAGUAAACAUAUGACUAUUUUUUUGUUCAGUGUAAGGAAAAAGCAGUUUAGAUUAUAUAUACAUAUAUGUGUGUAUAUAUAUAUAUUUAUGUAUGACUUUUUUUUGUUCGGUGUAAGGAAAAAACAGUUUGGAUUAUAUG